AUGUGUAGAACUCUAGGACAGGAUUAUUCGGCAACUCUGGGUUUAUUUAAUGAAAAAUUGAGUAGCUCGAAUUAUAAUCCUAAAGUGAGACCCAUACUGAACCAGACAGCUAUUCUAGAAGUUCAAGUGGGGUUCGAACUCGUGUCUAUAGUGGAGCUUGAUGACAUCCAGCAGAGUUUUACCUGCAACGGAUUUCUUGCUUUCCUCUGGAAAGAUGAGCUCUUGGUCUGGAACUCCAGCCAGUACGGUGGUCAAAAAUUUAUACAUCCGGUCCCAGAGGACAUCUGGAGACCUCGCGUUGUUGUGAUGAAUACUUUAAAGGACAGAGAUCCCUUCAAGGAUGAUUACAGCCCUGUGUUCGUGACGAACGAAGGUUGGGCUUCGUGGAUACCUGGCUCGCUGUUCCCCACUUCUUGUGAGCUGGACCUAACCGACUACCCAUUUGACCACCAGACUUGCACCAUACAAUUCGUCGCCAUGACACUGUCCUCUGACGAGAUGAGAUUUUACACAUUGUCCAACAACAUUGGCUUGACCUUCUUCACCAAGAAUGGCGAGUGGGAUCUGGUGGACACAGCCAUUAACACGUCAAUUCUCUACACGGGAACUAUUAAUAUGGCUUCAAUAGAGAUGAAGUUCAUGAUGAAGAGAAGACCAAACUUUCUACUCCUAAACAUCAUACUCCCUGUUGUGUUUCUUUCAUUUCUCAACCUUUUGGUGUUUGUUAUACCCGUAGACUCAGGGGAGAAAGUCGGAUACGGCAUCACAGUCCUACUGGCACUGUCCGUCUACAUGAGUAUCGUCAGCAACAUGUUGCCCAGUUCCUCUUUAUAUACUCCCAGACUCACCCUCUACCUCUUCAUCCUCCUCAUCAUAUCAAUGUUGACAGUCAUCGUUAGUAUCGUCAUCGUCUUUAUACACAACCUAGAAGAGAAAGAAGUAGCGCAUCUGAAAGCAAAGGCAAAUUUCAAAUCUGCUAUGAAGAAAGUGACCAACUUAAAAAAAGCCACUACCCGAGUGGAAACCGUUACAAACCCACAAGGGAAACAAUCACUGACAGAUGUCUUGUCUAAAAUUCAGGAUUUUAAAUUGCAAAUUGAAGAACCUGAAGAUGAAGAAACCAAGGACCAGAAUCCACAAAAACCCAAGGGAAAUAAAUACAACUUCUAA